CCCCGAUAAGUUGGUCAAUCAGGUUUGUCGUCCAGCCCGCAUUUCCUUGCAGGUCCAAGUCGAGAAGCUAUUGGUCCGCUUGCGAAGCCUGCUGAAGCGUUCUAUUCUUUUUUUUGGAGGCUGCGUAGACAAGCGGUUGGAGCUGGCUUAUAGCCUGUUAUUGUACCUGCUCUAAAGUGACCAAGGAAAUCAGUGAAGGCUUGCACAUUGUACACCGUGUGUGUCGUGAGCUCUGUUCAUGGCGGCCGUGCAGCUCGACUCCGGCCUGCUCAUCGGCUUUCUCUUCUUGGCGACGUGCUUGGUCGUCGCGGUUAGGAGCUACCUGAGAUCGGGCGGCGCGGACGGUGGCCGUGGUGGCGCGGCGAUCACGUCGCCGCCGGCGUUGCCGGUCAUCGGCAACCUCCACCAGCUCGGCCGCGGGCGGCACCACCGGGCGCUGCGCGAGCUCGCGCGGCGGCACGGCCCGCUGUUCCAGCUCCGGCUCGGCUCCGUGCGCGCGCUCGUCGUCUCCUCGGCGUCCAUGGCGGAGGCCGUGCUCAGGCACCAGGACCACGUGUUCUGCGGCCGGCCGCAGCAGCACACGGCGCGGGGCACGCUGUACGGCUGCCGGGACGUCGCGUUCAGCCCCUACGGCGAGCGGUGGCGCCGCCUCCGCCGCGUCGCCGUCGUGCACCUCCUCAGCGCGAGGCGGGUCGACUCGUUCCGCGCCCUCCGGGAGGAGGAGGUCGCGUCGUUCGUGAACCGGAUCCGCGCGGCGAGCGGCGGAGGCGGAGGCGUCGUCAACUUGACCGAGCUCAUCGUCGGCCUGACCCACGCCGUCGUGUCGAGGGCGGCGUUCGGGAAGAAGCUCGGCGGCGUCGAGCCGGCGAAGGUCCGCGAGACGGUGGGGGAGCUCGCCGACCUGCUGGGGACGAUCGCAGUGAGCGACAUGUUCCCGCGGCUCCGGUGGGUGGACUGGGCGACGGGGCUCGACGCGAGGACGAAGAGGACGGCGGCCAAGCUCGACGAGGUUCUCGAGAUGGUGCUCCGUGACCACGAGCCGAGCCGCGGGGACGACGACGACGACGACGGCGACGGCGAGGCCCGUGACCUCAUGGACGACCUUCUCUCCAUGGCCAACGGCGGCGACGACCAUGGCUACAAGCUCGACAGGAUCGAUGUCAAGGGACUCCUCAUCUUGGUAAGACAUGUUCGCGGCAGGCACGGACACAGUCUACAAGUCGAUAGAAUGAACAAUGGCCGAGCUCAUCAAGAACCCAGCAGAAAUGGCGAAAGUGCAAGCAGAGGUGAGACAUGUCGUAGCAGCUGCACACGGAGGAGAAGGAGACGAAGACGCCGUCGUCAUCGUCAAGGAGGAGCAGGCGAGCAGCUGGGGAAGAUGACGCUCCUCCGGGCGGCGAUGAAGGAGGCGAUGCGCCUCCACCCACCGCUGCCGCUGCUCAUCCCGCGCGAGGCGAUCCAGGACACGGUGCUCCACGGCCACCGCGUCGCGGCGGGGACGCGCGUGAUGAUCAACGCGUGGGCGAUCGGGAGGGACGAGGCGGCGUGGGAGGACGCGGGGGAGUUCAGGCCGGGGAGGUUCGCCGACGGCGGGGACAACGCCGGCGUCGAGUACUACGGCGGCGGCGGCGACUUCCGGUUCAUGCCGUUCGGCGCCGGCAGGAGGGGGUGCCCCGGCAUGGCGUUCGCGACGCGGCUCGCGGAGCUCGUGGUGGCGAACAUGGCGUGCUGGUUUGAGUGGGAGCUCCCCGAUGGGCAGGACGUCCAGUCGUUCGAGCCUUCGAGGUCGUCGAGUCGAGAGGUUUGUCGCCUGGGCUCAUCAUCCGGGAAAAUUGGAAACCACGUAUAUGUAGUGCAAACCACUCGUAUGUAGUGGAAACUUGGAAACUAUCGUUGGAUCGAG